GACUUGAAAAGUAGUUGUUAGCAAACAAUUAAGUAACUUGUGCUUUUAUUUUUUGUUUUCCCCAAACUAAGUGUUGAGCAUAACAUCACUUGCUAUAUGUAAAUAAACACUCUCAUGCUAACGCUACAACACCCAACUUGAAAAAGUUGUACAAAGAAGACCCAACAGAAAAGUUAAUUACAUAAUUCCUUCUCUGGAGAGUCUCUUUGCACGACUUUUCCUGGUUGCCGGUAUCUGGCCGCCAAACUAAGACAUUAGCUCUUGGUAGUCAGAUUUUGUGCCCAGAUAUUUUUUUUGGUGUUUUUUUUUUCGAUAUGGUGUUUUCCACAACUGGGCCUUUUUCAUUUUCUCCUGACUCUUCUUCUAGAAAUAGUACUGAUGAAGUCGCAAUUUUGAGUCCUUACUACACUAGUUUGGAUGACGACUGGAUUACAAAAUCAAUUUCGUCCAGUACUAGCGAGAGUGAACUUAGCGAGUUUACUGUAGGAAGAUUUAAUCCAAUAUUAUCUGAGCGUUUAGAUAACCGCAAUUACUUUUCUAAAGUUUCAUACGACCCCAGCACAAGCGAUUAUGUUCCUACGGUUUUGACAGACUACACAUUUUCUUCGAAAGACUCAACAGAUCCUUGUUUUCUUCGCUCUGUAUACAGGACCGUCCCUAAAAGCCCCACUGAAAUUCCCUCUAGCUUACCUUUUUCCUCUAUCGCACAUCCAUUUUCUAUUAAUAAUCCUGCUUGUGUGUAUCGCUGGGAAAAUGAAAGAGAAUUAUCGAUUCCAAGUUGCGUAACUUGUGGUGCGUACUUCAGUUUCCAUAGUAGAACAAUCUUUAGCGGUUCACAAUGGAGAUGUGAGUUUUGUGAUGCUUGCAACAGUAUUACAGAUGAUUUCAGCUUGAUACUUCAACAAAUGUUAAUGGAGCAUGAAGAUUCCACAACAGACAAUUUGAUGAAACCGUCAUUUGAUGUUCUGGUAAAGGAACCCUCAACUGGAAGUCCUUUUCUUAACAUAUUUCUAAUUGACAUUUCUCGUACUUCAGCAAACACUGGAUUCAAACGAAGCAUAGUCGACGCUAUCACGUUUACACUAGCAAACGAAAAAUAUCGCGUCAAGUUUCCAAAUGCUAAAGUCCUAUUCAUUGGUUAUGACAAUGCUUUACACUUUUAUCGAUUGUCGAAACAACGAGUUAACGAAAUUGUAAUGAUCGAUCUCGAAGAGGAUGAAAUAAUGUUCCCUUAUGACACUUCCAUUGAUCCAAACGAAAAUCGACCGGAUGUAGUUCGUAUUUUGAAACACAUCGAGAACAGUUCAAAUGAUAAGGCUAAUGGACGCAAUGCCUUAUUACACGCCGUGAAAAUAACAGCUAAACUGCUUGAAAAUAGGCAAGGAAAAAUACAUGUCCUUGGAUUGGAUAACACUAUACGAAAACAAUGUCCAUCAUUGCUAGAAAGACGAAGAAGACAACAAUCGUUGCAGUUGUACACGCAGUCCUUAAUCGAACACGGAAUUUCCAUAGAUUUAUUCAUGCUGGAAAACGAUUCAGAAAUAUAUAACGACUUGGUUGAACAACUAUGUUUAAAAACAGGUGGAAAUUACCACUUCUAUCUAACUAGUAGUUCAGCACAGUCGACUCUGAAAGAAGAUGUACUGGGUUCUUUAAGUGGGUUCAUAGGCACCCAUGUAAAAAUAAGAAUUUCUGCUUCCAAUGGCCUUCGUGUUAAGCAAAUCAAAGCAGGAAAAGUUUCCGACUAUCCUAAGAAUAACAUAGUUGAUGUUUCGGCGAUAAAUUCAGAAACUUCUAUUUAUUUCGAACUGGAACAAACUGCCAGCUUAUCAACACAAGCUGCAUCUAUUCAAGUUCUCACUUUCUACAGGACAACCGACGGCUCAGAAAGGGUAAGAUGUCAUCAUGCACGUUUACCAACUGUAUCAUCCAAAAAGGAUGUCUUUUCAAAAGCGGAUUGUGAAACAUUAGUUGCUAGCAUGGCAAAAUAUGCUGCGUAUAUGUCAACCACCCGAAAUCUUCAAAAUUGGUUUUGUAGAAAAAUUAUAGAUCUUCUUGUUGAAUACCGUGCUCAGCAAGGUAAAGAUCCCGGCAUAUGUGAAAGCCUGCCAGAAAACUUACAAAGCUAUCCUUCGUAUAUGAUGGCACUGAUGAAAUCUAGAAUUUUUAUUAAUAAUCCUUCAAAACCAGGUAGAAAUACCUUUUUCAACUUCAAAAUUAAAACAGGGCAUGUCAAAGUUAUUUGCAUGAUGAUCUAUCCACUUAUCAUUCCUCUUCAUAAUAUGGGCUUCAAGUCGGGAUUUGAAGAUUCAAGUUGUCAAUUGAACAUUCCGGAACCUACCGCUGCUUCCAGUCGAUGUCUGAAAAAUAAUGGAAUUUAUUUAUCUUUUUUACAAGGAAAAAUUUAUUUGUGGACGUACGGUGGGGUUCCAAAUACAUCAUUCAAUAAUUCCCUAGUUCCUGAUCAAGGUAAUGUUCCUUUGCACCCAUCGAAUCCUCAUGAGUACAAGUCAAGAUUUUCGAUACAAAUCGAAAAUAUUUGUAAUUACUUAACCAAAAUAACAGAGGUGGACUUCUCCCGUGUUCAUUGUCUAUCCCAACAAGAUAGCGGUGAAACGCAAAAUGAAAUUUUAGAAUGUUCAUUUGGCCUAGUUGAAGACCAACUUUUUAACUCAAUGGACCUCGAACAAUUUCAAAAUAAUCUGAAAGUGCUCGCUCAAGAGAAGAGUCAAAAUAAAGGGACAUUUUCUUCUAUAAAUGUUAAAGAAGUGAAGUCCUUCUUCCAUAAAAUUAGAUUUCAAAAGCAAGACAUAUUCAAACAAAUUGCUUGAUUUAUCAAUGUAUUUGUUUGUUUAUUUUUAUUUAUUGACAAUGGUUUUCAUCUUUUGAUAGUAAAUAUAACUCAAUAUUUUCUCUGCACAUGU